ACAUUUUAUUCACAUUUAAAAAGUUACUUGUACCACGUCACACCCGUAACACUGUUUAGUACUUAAAGUUUGAAACAAAUGAAACUAAAAGUAAUAGGGAACUGAAAAUUUAUAUGCACUAUCUCAAGUCAUAUUAUAACCUACAAAUUUCAAUCACAAUUUUUUUUAGUAAGACUGCUAAUAAGAGCUGAAAAUACUGUUACGGGUGUGACAAUACAUUAAUAAUCAAUGUGUACAUAGCAUAUCAGACAUGUUUGGUUUAGAUACACUGCACAUUUCUUAGAAUUUUUUUGGGUGUUUCUUAAUACUCUUAGAGUACCUACCCAUAAGUUCAUAAUUUUCUUGAUACAUGUAUACUCAUCUAUACAUUGGUAGUGCUAACUUAACCUAUAAUUAACAUAACCUUGCUAAUUUUUCCAUUAAAUUAAUAAGUUAUUACAUUUAAAUUAUUUAUUACUAUUUAAUAAUGAUCUGGUAAGUUUAAAGUGCUUAUGGCAGUGAUCAUGUACAGUAAUAUACUAUAAGAUAAUGACUGAUUGUCAAUACUGGAAAAUGUUACUAAGACAGCUUAUUUUUUUCCUUUGUUAUAGCCUAUAUAGUACGACUAGAUGUCUUCUACUGAGAGGGUAAAAAAGUAUCGGCAAAAGUUACACCAGAAUAAAGAAGAACAUGAAAAACAUUUGGAGAAGGAAAGGGAAAGAGACAGAAAAAGACGCGACAAAGCAAGAGAAAUGUGUCAGAUAAGCAAAAAAGCAUUAAAACGUAAAAGGCUGAACGAUGCAGACAGACAAAGAAAACACAGAGAGAAAAUAAAGAAGAGAGGAGCAGCAACAAUUUCAACAGGACUGACACCUGAUAAAGAGUCAUAUUCUUGUAUCCGUUCUUUUGGAAGAGCUGUUAAUAAAGUAAGAAAGCACCUUCCGUCUAGUCCAAGGAAGAAAAGUGCAGUGGUUAAGAAACUUUUGUUAGAGGUACUACCUGAGGUAGCUAAAAAAGUUGCUAAUAUUUCUAAAACAGGAAAACAUUUACACAAAGAAACAGAAGAAAAAGUACUGGAGUUUUAUGUAAGAGAUUAUGUUAGUUGUCAAAAACCCGGUCGAAAGGAUGUUGUAAUCAUUAAAAAUCUUCAAACAGGUGAGAAAGAAUAUUUUCAAAAGAGAAUUAUGAUUACAACAAUAGGAGAGGCGUACGAGCUGUUUAUUUCUGAAUAUCCAAAUCUAGAAAUCAAGAAGUCCAAAUUUUACUCCUUGCGACCCCCGUAUGUUCUGCCAGUAGCAGAAACACCACCUAAUGUGUGUGGCUGCAAAUACCAUUCCAAUAUGCAGUUAUUAAUUGAUGCUGUGAGCAAAGCUGUUACGUUCCCUUGUCAAAUGGAUGAUCUUCUAGUUACUGCAGUAUGUGAUGAAGACAAUUACCCUUGCAUGGCUAAUUUUUGUGACCAGUGUAGACACUUUCCUAUAAUUGGGCUCAUUGAUAAAGACAACAUGGACAUAGAUGUCAAGUGGCAACAAUGGAAAGAUGUCAACCUCAUAGAGCAUACAGGAAAAAUACACAACUGCAUACAAGAAAUUCAGAAUCAAUUUCCACAAUUUAAACUGCACUGUUACAUUAAAAGAAAGCAAGCACAGCAUUUCGAAGCUACAAAAUUAAAAGUUACAACAAAUACUGCUGUUCUUCAAAUAGACUUCGCAGAAAACUAUACAGCAGGGUUUCAAGAUGAAAUUCAAAGUGCACAUUGGCACAAACAACAAGUAUCACUUUUCACUGCAGUUGCUUGGGUUGGUGUCUGCAGACGUUGUUUUGUAAUAGUCAGUGAUGACUUGAACCACAACAAAUACAGUGUCUGGGUUUUCUUAAAUAAAUUGAUCACUGUCUUGAAAGAAGAAUUUCCCAGCCUUGCACAGGUUCAUAUAUUUUUGGAUGGAAGUGCAUCUCAAUUUAAGAACCAUUACAUAAUUCUGUCUUUGACAUAUUUUCAGCAAGAUUUUGGUAUUGAUUGCACUUGGAACUUCUUUGCUACAUCUCAUGGCAAAGGGUCUGUAGACGGUGUAGGAGGGACAGUCAAACGUACAGUUUGGCGUUUAGUCAAGUCACGUCAGUGUGUUGUACAGUGUGCAGAAGACUUUUUUGACUGUGCUAGGAAUGCCUUAAAGGGGAUAACAAUCCUCUUCACAUCUGCCAUUGAGAUUAUUUCAAUGUAUGAAACUGUGUCCUCAAGAUGGGUUAAUGUUGAUCCGGUUCCAAGGCUCCAAAAACUUCACAGCUUCCAGCCUGUGACUGAAGGCGUUGUUAGAGUUGCUAUAACAUCUUAUGGUGAAAACAGUUUGGUUGUAAACUUGAAAAAUGCAUAUAAUGAGUGUGAAGUUAGUGAUGCUCCACAACCAGGCCCAUCUGCAUCAGUCAGCAUAGAGGGCACAGACAGUAUUGAAGUUGGCGACUUUGUAUUUGUGCAACUUAAUGUAAUGGGUCUUGGGACCAAAACCAAUAGCCAGAAAGACUAUUUUGCUGAAGUGCUUAGUAUUGACAUUGAAACUAACCAAGUAGUUUUAAAAUACAUGCAUCCAAGUGGGAAGAUGUGGAUCUGGCCAAAAGAAAAUGACAUUUCAACUGAGGACAUUUCUGUUAUUGUGAAUAAAUGUGAACCUCCCAAACUUGUCAAUAACCAUGGACAGUUUACAUUUAAAUAAUUUCUUUCUAGUCAAAAUGAAGUUUAAAGGAUGGUUAAAGGGCGGCUUCAGGGCAGAGCCAGUCAGGCAACUGCCCAGGGUCCCAUGACUAAUAAGGCCCAUCGACUAACAGGACCCAUCAACUUACAGGUCCCAUCGAAUAGCAGGGCCCCAUGACUACCAGGGCCCAUCGACUACAAGGGCCCAUUGACUAAUAAGGCUUAUUGACUACCAGAGCCCUUCGACUUACAGGGUCCAUCGACUACAAGGGACCAUUGACUAGAAGGGCCCCGUGCUAGCUCUUUCAUUUUAAUUUUUCUUUUGUGUUUAGUUUUCUCUGAUAAAUUUCUAUAUUAAUGAGAAAAUGGGAGUAUAAAAUCAUUUUUAGCAUGAUAUUCAAAGUGCUGGUCAAUUCGUUUUACAUUUCAAUUGAGUUUUUAUGAUUGCUUACAAUAAAAACUUUCAAAAAUUUUAUUGUCCCAUGUAAUGACGCAACUUCACCAAAAUUUGAUAAUUUGAUCAUCAAUAUUUCUAAAACUAACUCGAAUAUAAUUUAUUGGCAAAAUAUAUCAUAUUUUGUUAAGAUAUAAGAGGAAAACAUUCGCUGAAGUUUAAUUUUGAGGUUGGCUCAAAAAUGUUCCAUACCUCCCAGGCCAGUUGAUAAGGCCUCUCUCCAAAUUAUUUUUGGGCCCAGAAAAACUAAAUUUUUAAAAGACCCCACAAAUUCUAGGGCCCCCAUUCGUUGUUGGCAAUAGUUUAAGCACAAAAAAUAAAAUUAAACUUGCUUCACUAUCUUCACCGUCUUCACUAUCUUGUUCUCUUAUGUGUCCUUAACGUGUUUGCAACGGACCAGAGCUCUAGCCCGUCAAUACUCACCUGCAUGUGUCUUUCUACUGUCGUCUGUGACCAACCGUAGUCUUCCUUCCGUUCCUUCUCCUGGUUUAUUUCAAAAUAAAGUGAAAACACAAUAAUAAAACAUUAAAGCUGCUACAAACAAUUUUAAUAUUAUUAAUUAGGAAUUAUGAAUGUCAAAAUUUCAUUGCCAGAAUGAACUGUUGUCUAUGCUAACAACACAGACAUGUAUCUGAGCUAUGUUUAGUUUGAUUGGAUUUUUGGUGUGAAAUGCUCAUUAUAAAAUCUUCUUGGUUGUAUCUCUUAAUGUUGUUAUUGCCAAAUGCAAAGUCUCAUCUUUUAAUAUCAAACAUCACUCUGUUUGCUUCAACUUUGUCUUCUGAUAGACGCAUGGUAUUAAUGAUUCUGACAACUUGCUGGCUGCCGACAGGAAAUCUGUAACGUUGGUUUCAGCUUUUGACUGCUUCACUCAACAUUGCAGCACAUUUUUGACCUUUGCGCCUACCCCAUCCACAACCCCUUUGCCUUCCUCAAGUCUUCCAGAAAAUUUCUCAUUUUCCCUUGCCUCUUUACUCUUAUCACUCAUACGAUUCUUUAAAUCUUCAGGUGUCUCUAAUUUUCGUCUAAAUUUACUUGUUCCAUCUCAUACACAUUAUGAUGACUAGUGUAAAUGAGUUAGCUAUAAAUGAUUUUGUGCAGAAAAUGGUAAAAGUUUACUUUUUGCUUCCAGAUUUAAGUUUUUGUAUCAGGGAUGUUACUAGGCAAUGGAAUUAUGAGCCCAGUUGUACAUCCGUGACAAGUAUCUAAGGGUGGAUCCAGAUUGAGGGUUUAGGGGUGUACAUUUAGUACAUUCAGAAUUGAAAUAUUUGUGCAGUUUAUUUGUGGUUCAAAAAGUCCUGUCUUAUAUAGCACUGCAGUAAAUAAUACUUCAGUAAUUUUGGUAUAGACUAUGAUAAGUAAUUCGGAGAAAAUCUGAAAAUUAUUCUGUGUUCAGAGGGGUGGUGUUAAGUAUUCCGCCAGUGAAAGUCAGGGGUGGGACAUGUAUUAACAUUUAAAAUUACUUGAUUAACUUUUAGAAGAGUAUAAUUAAAUCAAAGAUCUUUUCUACAAAAUUCAACAGUGUUCAACAAUUUCCAAACAGAAAUGCUUAGCUAGUAAUUAAUAAAAACUACUUUUAAAACCAUUUUUGUAAUAGGUGUGAAGAGACUAGCCCUGUUCAAUUCAUUCUAAUGUGUGAUCAAAGACAGUUGCUGUAUUUAUUUUCUGCAUCAGACGUGUGAAAUGUUAAACGUUAACAAUUUUGCAAUGGUUAAAAAAUUAACAACUAAAGUGACAUUUAUUUAUGUUUAUACAGUUGAUGAUUAUAACAGUAAUAAUAAGAAAUGUCCUUACAUUUUUAAACUAAGUUUUAUUUAAGGUUUCAACUUCUGUUUUAUCUAGCAUAGUGAUGGUUAUAAAAAAUUUAGAUUUUACUUUGCAAACUAAUGGUUUAACCAGUAAUUUUUAUUAUUUUAUUUUUUUUAUAAAAUAGUAAAUGAUGAUCAAAAAAAAUUGGUUUCAUAUGUCCAAUUGACAUUAGUACCUAUAUACUUAUGUAAAUUUAAUUUUGUAAUUGACUUUGUUGGACUUGCAUAAUAAAAGUACAUGCAAAUGGUCAUGUUUAUUAAGUAAAUUUUUGUGAAGGAGUUAUUUCUUUGCACUUUAUUUAAACUAAAUUUUAAUGAUGUGUUUCAUGGCCAUGUCGUAAGGUAAACGAAGAAUCACAUCAACAUGUACACAGCUGCACAAUUGAAAACUGUAGCUCAGGAAGUUGUCAGACACUGCUUGUCGAAAGGGAUUCAUGUAACAGAAGAAUGCGCAGAAUUUGUGUUAAAACUGCUGCUAUCAGACCCUAGCAGUGAUUUUUCCUCGGGAGUGCCAAUUAACGAAGACGACCUCAAGCACUUGAUGAAGCUAUGUGUCAGCAAGCUGACCUCUGAGAAGGACUCCCUGUCGCUUGCGACAAUCAAGAUGCAGGUCUACUUCAACACCAACUAUGCUUCUCGAGAAGACGCGGCGUCGAGGAGCCGGGAGGAGACGCGGGCCCGGGCGUCCCCGCUAGUGAAGGAGAUCGUGGAGACGGGAGCGGCCGACUGCAGGGCGGAGCUGGAGGGCCUGUACCGCCGGCUGGUGAUGGCGGUGGUGCUCUGCUCGGGCCUGGGCCACCCGGCGAGUCCUGGCGUCCUCAAGGAGGCCACCGCUGCGUUGCAGAGCGUGUUCCCGCUGAGCGAGCUGAGUCAGUUCCUGAGCCUCGGUCGCCGGGACCGCGAGAGACAGCUCGCCGAGCUCACCCAGGUCGUGACCGGCAUACGGCUGUUCAACCGCGACUGCCAGAAGGGAGGCGACGGGAUUGACGACCUGCCCAGCGUGCUCCAGCGGGCGCUGACGAGCGCGCACGGCGGCCUGGAGGGCGGCCUCAGGGAGCUGAUGGGCCGCGCGAGCGUGCUCACGGCCGCGGUGGACGCGGGCUGGCGGGGGCUGGCGCUGACGGGCCGCGCGCGCGUUUCCUGGGCGGAGGUGGAGCGCUGCCGAGACGCGCUGCUGCUCGCCCGGCAGCAGGAGGUGUACCUCCGGAGGCUGCUGGCGGACGUGGAGUCCUCGCAGAGCUGCGUGGAGGAGCUCCUGGUCGGACUGCAGGCGACGCUGCUGCAGAUACACGGCUCCGUGCGCUACCGCACCGCCGUGCCGACCGUCGAGGUGUACCCGAACUUUAUAAAGCUGUCGGACAUCUGGUGCGGACUUCAGGACGAGAUGGCCGUGCUGACCGGCAUCAGCAGCGUCAUGUGGAGCCUGCACGACUACGCAGAGGCGCUGGACGGCAUAGACGACGCCCUCCUGCGGUCGAUGCUGGGCGACGAGCUGGUGCUCUCGGACGAGGCGCGCCUGCAGGCCAGCAUGGGCGCCCUCAUCGACCAGGCCGGCAUGGCCUGCCCGGUCGUCCACCCGGCCUCCUCCCCCGACUUCGACCGCAUCUGCCUGCAGUACCAAGGCUUCUGCCCCUGGGUGCUGGCGAAGGGACGCGGUGCCUUGGUCCCGGCCAAUCAGAACAUAGGAGUGGUCAGCUGGCAGGGAAAAUACUACGCCUUCUCUUCCCCGGAGGCUGCCUACGAGUUCGACAAGGAUCCCGAAUAUUACGUGACCACCAUCGCUGCACUGGCCCACUUCGUUCCGGAGCUCAUCAACUUCCUUGAGACGGACGUGCAGACCUUGCCUUCGAAGACUGACGAUGAGCUGAAGCUGAAGUCUGCGGAGAUCGCGAAGCAAGACUACGGCAUGCAGACGGAGCUCCACCCUGUGCCGUCCAACAUCGACCCGAGCUAUUCCUGGAACGUGUGGGACCUGAAGAGACAGGCCGUUCAUCUGGCCGACAUCUGCAACUCGCGGACGCGCAGCACGCAGACGCUGGCGACGCGCGGCCGCCUGAGCAUCGGCUGCCAGGCGCGGCCGCCGCGCGACGCCUGCAGCCAGACGAGGCGAGAGAGCUGCACCUCCAUGCCGCAGCCGCGCAGCUUCAUCUUCGGGCUGCGCGGCCGCCGGGAGAACAUCCAGCACGUCGUCUCCAUCACGCAGCACCUGCACGGCUGACACCGGUCGUAGUUGUCCCGUGAACCUCGGUCUGAAGUCGCUAGAAUAAAAAAUAUAUAUAUCCAGUAUCCACACAUACUUAUCACUAGGGACACCUGUACUUCGCGAAUACAUUUAGUGUCAAGGUAUUUCACAAAAUACUGUAGCUUUCCUCCUGUGGUUAUUGGCCGAGGUCGGUGGUAGGUGUCGUCCCGCUCCUGAUGGGGCUGAUGAGAAUGUGGUCACCUUUACUGCUGCACCCUCACAAUUUGCCAUAUGACUUAGAAAAAAGCUACAGUGUUUUGUGAGAAAUACCUUGACGUGAAAUGAAAUCGCGAAAUACAGGUGUCCCUACUUAUCACUUACUAAGAGGAGAGGAGACGUGGUGUUGUUUUAAUGCUAUCAACCUAUUUGUUUCCGAUAGCGAUGGAAAUUUUUAAAUUACAAGUAAUUGUGCUACCAAUAGCAAUUAUUAUAUAAUACUUACCACUUUUAUUUGUUACACUAUAGAAAAAUUAAUUUAUAACUUGUGAUGUACUUGUGAAAGAAAGAAAGUUAGCAUGUAUGGUAGAGUUCUUUUUAUUUUAAUUUUAUAAAAAUUAAUUACUAAGGAUUUUUUAACACAAUAAUCCUAAUUACAUAAAUUUGGAUGAUGAUGAUAAUUACAAUGAUAAUUAACUGAUUUAAAGCAGCAGAGACUGUGUUUUAAAGACUACAAAAAUGGUUAUUUUUUGUGUUUUUUCUCAGUUUUCAAUGUGUCUUAAAAAAGAGAAUAUAUUAUUUAUAUCGAGUUACUUAUAAUUUGUAAUAUUAAUUGUUAUGUAGAUAUUCCACUGAUUCUUGGUGGAAGACAGAAUAAAAUUUAUUGGCUUCAGUGAAUCUAGCAAAACUCUCAAUCUUGGACACUUCUCUUGGACACUUUACCCGGACUGUCCGGGUAAAUCAAACACAUGAUGCGUCAAGCCUAAGAGUGGGUGUGGAUGUUCCUCGUUGAACUCUCAUUGGCCAGCCAGUUACCUGUGUUUUGUUUAUUCCGUCGCCACAAGUCCCCAACUCAUCUUGCCUCUUCUCUUAUUUGUUCAGAUCUCUGUUCUUUGGAUAGGAAGGCAGACUAUCUUUGAUCUCACUGAACUAAGCUUCACUCAGUUUGGAUCAGUAUCCAGAUUAUGAUUGAACUGCGUUUUCUGUGCUGAAAACUUUGGCUAAUCAACAUAACAAAAACACAUCUAUCAUAAUAAAUAAUGUAUUUUUAUCUGAAUACAAAUUAGGAGCAUCCACAACAUGCAACUGAGUCGUAUUAUAAUAACAUAUGGCCACACAUUGGGAGGUACAGCUACUACAAUACUGCAAUCCACCAAAAUAAUACAAGAAACUUUGUUUAUUUGUCAAAGAAUACAUAUAUAUCACUAUCAUCUGUAUGAAAAAUUUUAAUAAAAAAAGUGGGGUUGUCUGUAAAGUCGGUUUACGGACGAUAAUUUUACGUGGUAACGUCAUAAAGAAAACAUUCAUGAAAAAUUGCAUACUUUUUAAUUUUCAAUUAUUAUUUACAGUUUUUGCACAUUUAAUUUAAAUAAUUUGUUUAAAUAUAAUCACGAACAAUUAGUUAAAAAGCUGGCCUUAACCUGUUUGAUAUUAUAGAAGAUUUUCUCGCACGGUGGUUGGCCAAUCUUGCACGCUUGGCUCAGGCGGAACGUGACAAUGAGUCAUGCUUUUCGUGCGUGCAGCCUGUGUUCAUCGAUUUAUAAUACGUUAUCACGUCAAUAAUAAAAUUUUGCCUUUA